ACGCACAUAUCCGCGCACGCAAUUAAUCCCUCCACGCCUUGCCUCUGUUGUCCAUCCAUGCCUGCCUGCCUGCUUGCCCCCUCUCUCUCUUACCUCUCCCGUUCUCUUGUCGUGCUCGUUCUUCUUCUGCCACCCACACCCACACACACACAAACCGCAACCACAAACCACAAAGCCCCAAGCAGCAAUACAGUACAGUACAAUACAGUACGCGCCCAACGAAUGCAUGCAAAAAGUGUCGAAGAAGAAAAAGCAAGGAAAGUGAUGAAGGCGUAAGUAAGAGCAAACUGGAGAAAGAGAAAGGAAGGACGGAGAAAUGAAAAAGAAAAAGGCAUAUGCGAAACGAAACGAAACGAACUGAAACGAACCGAACCGCAGAAAAGCUGACGAACAAAUGAGAUAGACGUGCCAAAUGAGUGACUUGAAGAAGAAGCUCACCACAACCCCUACGCAACCACAACCCACCAGCACCACAAACAGCAGCAUCGGCAUCGGCAUCGGCCAUAUCUACACCCCACUCCUCUCACCAACCCUACCCGCCCAAAUCAUUCAUCUAGAACGCCAAAAACACCGCCCCCAGCCCCAAGCUCAAGACGACGCUGCCAAGCGCCCCCCGCGCAGAAAGCAGCCGCAAGCCAUCCGCCGCGGCACCAGUAAACGUCUCGACGCCCUCUGCUGCGCCGCUGUUGUCGGCCGGAGGUGCGCCGCUGCCGUUGUCGUUGUCGCUAUCGUUGCCGGUGCCGGCGGGAGGAGUGUCCGCUUCUUCGUCAGCAGACUCGGACGAGGGGAAGUACGGGCUGUAUGCGUUGUCGGGAGGGGUGGGAGGGCCACCAGCGCCGGCAGGAGGGCCCCCAGCACCGGCGGGAGCACCCUCCUCGGCGCCGGCUGUCGCGGGCGUGUAGCUCGCGCCUGUGGGCGGGACGUCGGGGUUGCUUUCUGCGGCGGGAGCGCCACCGGGAACGCCAGCGGGAGGUCCCGAGGGAGGGCCGGAUGGGGGGCUGGGAGGUGGACCGCCGGCGCUGGGAGGGCCACCGGCGCCAGGAGCACCGCCUGCACUAGGAGGUCCGCCAGCACUAGGAGGGCCACCAGCAGGAGCGCCCUCAGAGGGAGCACCGGGAGCGCCGGCAGGAGGAGCACCAGAGGGAUGACCACCAGCACCAGGACCACCAGCACCCGCAGGACCACCCGCCUUCACCGGCGGCGCGCUCGCCCCGCCCUCACAAACAUUGAGCGUCUGGCCGGGCUCCAGAUUUGCGCACUCGGCAUCAAUAGCCGGGUUCAUGGCGCGCAGCUGCGCGAACGAGAGCCCGUACUCCUGCCCAAUGGUGUAGCAGUUGUCGCCGGGUGCGACCGUGUACGGCAUGAAUACGGGGCAGGAGGCAGUGCCAGCAGCACCGGGAUGGGGGCCUUGGCCCUCGGGGCGACCGGCCGGUCUGCCGUGCUCGCCUUGUGGGCCGCUGGUGGGAGGGGCGCCUUCGCCUUGGGGAGCGCCUGGAGCACCACCGUGAGGAGCACCGCCCUGGGGAGGCCCACCCUGAGGAACACCACCCUGAGGAGCACCACCUUGAGGAGCACCGCCCUGGGGAGGACCACCGUGAGGAGGCCCACCGUGAGGAGGCCCACCGUGAGGAGCACCGCCUUGAGGAGGACCACCUUGGGGAGCACCGUCUUGAGGAGGACCACCUUGUGGAGCACCACCGUGAGGAGCACCAGGAGCGCCCUCGCCCUCGGGACGGCCAAAGCUAGGCGGUUGCUGACCACCGGGACGACCGGGGGCGCCGAAUUCAGGAGCGCCGAAUUCAGGAGCGCCGAAUUCGGGAGCACCGCCAGUGGGCGGAGCACCGCCAGUAGGAGGAGAGCCACCAGCAGGAGGAGCGCCCUGGCCCUGGCCCUCAGGACGACCAAAGCCAGGAGCACCCGGAGCACCAGCACCAACACCCUCACCCUCGCCGCGAGGAGGACCGCCAAAGCCAGAUGGCGGACCGCCGUGGCCACUUGGACGGCCCUGUUCGCCAGAGGGAGCAGAGCCCUCGGGACCGGAGCCGCCGAAGGGAGGUCUGCCGAAAGGAGGUCUGCCGAAGCCUUGGUGGCCGGUGGGAGACUGUCCUUCGGGACCUUCGGGACCUUCAGGACGGCCGGAGCCCUCAGGACGACCCGACCCUUCAGGACCGCCAGGACCGCCAGGACCACCAAACCCGCCUGGACCACUGGGAUGACCGGAGCCUGCAGGACCUUCAGGACGACCCGGGCCGCCAAAGCCACCAGGACCACCAGGACGACCAGGACGACCAGAGCCUUCAGGACCUUCAGCACCUUCAGGACGACCCGGGCCGCCAAACCCACCCGGACCACCAGGACGACCAGAGCCUUCAGGACCUUCUUCAGCCUCAGGACCAAAGCCGGGUCUAGUAGCUCCACAAGGCCCGUGAGGACCGCCACAGGGGGGUUGGCCUUCGGGACCUUCAGGGCCCUCGGGGCCUUCGGGCCCGUUGGGGCCGUGAGGACCGUUAGAGCAUGGGUGGCCUGGGGGACAGGGGUGCCCAGUAGGACCGUUAGGGCCUUCAGGUCCUUCGGGACCUUCGGGGCCGUUGGGGCCAUUGGAGCAGGGGUGGCCAGGAGGACAACCGCCAGGACCUUCAGGGCCUUCAGGGCCUUCGGGACCGCUAGGACCUUGAGAACAAGGAUGCCCGGGGGGGCAGCCGUGAGGACCAGCAGGACCUUCAGGGCCUUCUGGACCGUUAGGACAAGGGUGACCUGGAGGGCAGCCGCCAGGACCUUCUGGACCUUCUUCGGGACCUUCAGGACCAGCAGGACCGUUAGGACAAGGGUGACCUGGAGGACAACCGCCAGGACCUUGGGGACCUUCGGGACCUUCAGGACCAGCAGGACCGUUAGGACAAGGGUGACCUGGAGGACAACCGCCAGGACCUUGAGGACCUUCGGGGCCUUCGGGACCAGCAGGACCACCGAAAGGCGGCCUGCCAAACGGCGGGCCACCUGCACCCGUCUCGACAGGAAAGCCGGGCCUCGGCCUGCCCCCCGGCCCCCGCCGACACCCGCCAUCGCCACAAGGCCUCGUAACCGUCGCAACAAGCGGCUCCUCGCCGCAGUGCCGGCACGUCUCCACCGCCUCCUCAAAGCCCUGCGGAAUAUAGCCCGGGUGGCGCUCAGGCGCGGCGCCACGGCACUCCUCGCGCACCUCGUAGUCCCGCGGCUCCAGCCCCGCCGGCCCCAUCGCGUCGUACCGCGUCGUGUACGUGUUCUGCCAGCGGGGAGCGCGGGCGCAGUCGCCGUGGCAGGGCGCGGGGAGGGUGAGGGGGACGGGCUCGUCGCCUUCGCACGCGUCGCAGAGCGCGGAGGUCACGAAGAAGCCCUCGGGGACGAAGUUGGGGUGGCGCGGGGAUUCGAGGUCGUUGUCGAGGUUGUCGGCGCAGAUGGUGUACACGACUGGGACGAGGCCGUCGCGCCCCAGCGUGAAGAAGACGGUUGUCGUGGUCGUGACGGUGACUUGGUUGGCUGCAUUGUCGGCGUUGUCGCCGUUAACGAGGUCCUCGUUGGUGCUGCCGUCGGGAUUGGACGACAUGACAAGGAGGUUCGUGUAGGUCGAGGUGACGGCGCCCGUCGUGGCAGUCGUUACGAGGGCCGUGACGGGGCGGCCGAGAGCGUCAGUGGUGACGACGGUCCUGACGACGUCGCUGGUGUACGACGACGUCGUCGUGCCCGUCGUCAACGAGGACCGGAUAAGUGCGGCCCCGGCGGUGGGCGUCGCCGUCGGCGUGUACGUCGACAUCGAGGUGUUGAGGACGAUGGCCGUCGGGAGCGUCACGACCUGGGUGGCCAGGCCGGUGGUCGUGGGCGGCGUGGUCGUGGCCGCGGGCUGCUGUUGCGGCGCUGCGUGGACAGCACCCGCCAGCGCGGGCACGAGUAGUUUUUUCCAGCUCAUGGAUGCGAUGCGAUGCGAUGGGACGAAAAGUAUUAAAACUGUGGAUUAGGUGUUUGAAUGCGAAGUAAAAACGAAAGUGAUUAUCAGACCGAAAGCCUGAGGUUGGGAUUAAACGAAAGUGUGUGAGGAUUGCCGGUUGUCGUCGAAGGAAAUCUAUCGUCGGAAGCCUGGAGACUGCAUCUGAGUGCGAUGAGGCUCCCCAUUUGUAUACGGCGCGGCCGGCCACGGAAUCCCACAUGUGUUUUGCAUUCCGUGAGCCUGGUGGGCAAACAUCAACAUGCUCUGUAGCGGAGUGGGUAUGAGGAAAUUAGCAAUGAGGUCCGGCUCCAUGACAGGCACGUGGUGGGCCGUC